UGCUUCCUGAUUGCUGUGACGUCCGAACAGUGUGAAUUUCCUGGUUGUGUCUUAUUUUAUGUAAACACAGCCAGAGGUGUACGCACACACCGUAACGUGUAAUCAGAAAAGACCGGUUCGUGUCUCCCUAGUUCUAACAUGGUUCGUUUGCUCUCCGCUGUGGCAGUUUGGCUUUUCUUGGCCGCAGCAGAUGUGACCAAACCCGCCUCCGGCAGCCAAGCGACACCCGGACCCGCUGUGAUGAACUCCACCCACGGAGCAAAACCCACACGGCCCCUCGAAAAACCCAGCACGGGCGACGUGGACAGCUCCAUGAUCCAGCGGGCCCUCUACGUUCUCAUCGGCAUCACCAUGAUCGGAGUCCUGUACUUCCUGAUCCGCGCAGUGCGGUUGAAGCAGCCCGCCCACAGGAAGAAGUACGGCCUCCUGUCCAACUACGAUGACGCCGUGGAAAUGGAGGCGGUGGAGAGUGACGAGGACGACACACUGUAUGAGGCUCGCAGCCGCAGAUGAGUCCUGUUGGCUGUGGAUUGGAUCAGAAGACGCCUGUCAGUAUAUUUGUUAUGGACAGAAAAGUGAUCAACAGAACUCUAAUGGACCAAACACUUAUUGAAGAGAAAGCAGGACGGUGAAUCAUUUCCGUGUUCGGUUCUUUGAACUUUUGAAACUUCUCAUUUUCCUUUGUCGUGUUUAUUUCUAAACUUUUCUGACAGUUUGUGCCUAAAGUUCUAUUUACAACAUGACCUGGCAGAAGCAGCCAAACCUGAACACAGCGAUUCCUCCUGACGCCACUAGGUGGUGUCACGCAUUAAAGGACAGUGCUGUUGGGUCUUGACCCGAGGUGUCUGUGGUUCAGGGUCGUGGAAAUUUUGCUGAGGUGUUUUGAGUUGGUGAGUUUGGACUUGCAGAUCUGAGUGAAUGAUUUGAGUUAAUUAAUCUAUAACAGCACAAGCAGAACCUGGUGUCAGGACUUUAGAACAUCAGAACCAACCAUCUUCUUUAAACUGAACAAUGAGCACUGUUCAACCCUGAUCUGAUUUGUCCAGUGUCUGGUUCUGAAUCCACGCCCUGGGUUCCUGGGUCUCUAAAGGGUUCGGUCCAUAUUGUUUGUCCUUCACUAUGUUAGUUGAACCCCAUGUUGGUGAACUGAUUCUGCUCAGUUGCUUACGGAGGAUAAUUAAAAAAUCCUCACAGGUGGGUAGUUGGACCAGGUUCUGUUCACAUGCAGACUUUUGAUUUGAAGGCUUCAUCACUUCCUUUUUUUGCAUACAGUUUGCAUUUUAGUUUAAAGAAAAUGCAUUUUAGUUUAAAGAAAAUAUCAGUUUAAUUUAGUUAUUUCCAUCUUUCUGUUCAAACUUGUUGACGUUCAUUAAUGUAACUCUUAAUCUUCCUGGAUUUUCCUCGACGUGCCAGCGUUUCUGCUCAUCACGAGCUUUAUCAUGUUGUAAUGAUGAUGUAAAUUAUUUCCUCCUUUUUAAAUCAGUUUACAACUCUGUGUUUGUCCUUUUUCCUACAAUAAAACAGAUUUACAUGUU